CGCAAUUGUGUGUGAGAUUUUUCAGGGCGUCGCCUUCCCCUUCCCUCCUUCUACUUAUCCAUUUGCAUCUCUCCCUCCCUCCCUCCCUCUCUCUCUCUCUCUCUCUCUCUCUCUCUCUCUAGCUCUGCGUUUGGAGCUCUCUCAGUGCUUAAAAUGGGAGGAGGUUUUCGAGUUUUGCAUUUGGUGAGGCCGUUUCUUUCUUUUCUACCGGAAGUUCAAAGCGCUGACAGAAGGAUCCCCUUCAGAGAGAAGAUUAUAUACACCGUGAUUUCCCUGUUCAUCUUUCUGGUGUGCAGUCAGCUUCCCCUUUAUGGCAUUCACUCGACCACUGGCGCUGAUCCAUUUUAUUGGAUGCGCGUUAUUCUUGCAUCAAGCCGUGGGACUGUGAUGGAGCUUGGUAUAACCCCCAUUGUGACAUCUGGGAUGGUCGUGCAGCUCUUGGCCGGUUCAAAGAUCAUUGAAGUUGACAACAAUGUUCGUGAGGAUCGUGCGCUAUUAAAUGGGGCACAAAAGUUGUUGGCCAUCCUCAUCGCUGUUGGUCAGGCUGUUGCUUAUGUGGUUUCAGGAAUGUAUGGUAGUGUUGCUCAACUUGGUGUCGGGAAUGCGAUUCUUAUCAUUGUUCAGCUCUGCUUUGCUGCAAUUAUUGUUAUUUGCCUAGAUGAACUUCUUCAGAAGGGAUAUGGUUUGGGAUCCGGGAUCUCCCUUUUUAUAGCUACCAACAUCUGUGAAAGCAUCAUCUGGAAGUCCUUUAGCCCUACAACUAUCAAUAGCGGACGGGGAGCUGAAUUUGAAGGUGCCAUCAUUGCACUGUUCCAUCUCUUGAUCACCAGGACCGACAAAGUUCGUGCUCUUCGCGAAGCUUUCUACAGGCAAAACCUGCCAAAUGUUACUAAUCUGCUUGCUACAGUCUUGAUCUUUCUCAUUGUCGUCUACUUCCAAGGUUUUCGUGUUGUUUUACCAGUGAGAUCAAAGAAUGCCCGUGGACAGCAAGGAUCAUAUCCUAUUAAGCUUUUCUACACCUCUAACAUGCCCAUCAUUCUCCAGUCUGCUCUUGUCUCCAAUCUUUAUUUCAUCUCUCAAUUGCUUUACAGGAAGUUCAGUGGGAAUUUCUUCGUGAAUAUUCUUGGAAAGUGGCAGGAGUCUGAAUAUUCCGGCCAAUCUGUUCCAGUUGGUGGUCUUGCCUACUAUAUCACGGCUCCAGGAAGCUUGGCGGAUAUGGCAGCCAAUCCAUUCCAUGCUCUGUUCUAUCUAGUGUUCAUGCUUUCAGCCUGUGCACUCUUCUCAAAAACUUGGAUUGAAGUUUCUGGUUCUUCAGCCCGAGAUGUAGCUAAGCAGCUCAAGGAACAACAAAUGGUGAUGCCUGGACAUAGAGAUUCAAACUUACAGAAGGAACUAAACCGCUACAUACCUACUGCGGCUGCAUUCGGAGGCUUGUGCAUUGGUGCCUUGACUGUUCUGGCAGAUUUCAUGGGAGCAAUUGGUUCUGGGACUGGGAUUUUGCUUGCUGUCACGAUCAUCUAUCAGUACUUCGAGACAUUUGAGAAAGAGAGGGAAAGCCAACUUGGCUUUUUCGGCCUCUAAGCCCUAAUAAAAGGAAAGGUAGUUGAGAGCUGUAAGUACAUCCGACCUUGGAUAACACUAGGGAUACAUUUGAGGUCGAAUUUGUAGUUUGGUUACGGUUUUUCACUUGUUACGUCUUCUUUUAUGGAUAGCCUUGCAUGCAAUAAUUUGUUUUUGACACGAUGAUAUUCGAAAUUACUCUUAAUCCAUGGGAAGUGGGAUUCUCGAA